GACUGCUCACCGGUGCAGGUGUGUCCUGGGGGGGUAAUAAAGGAGUGUUUUUCUGGGCGUGUGAUGCAUGAGCUGGCAGAGCUGCUCAGGGAUUCCAGAGAGGAACAUGGACAUGAAGAGCUCCGUCAGAGAAGGAUUCCUGAUCAAGAGGGGUCAUGUCGUCCACAACUGGAAGGCUCGCUGGUUUGUUCUGACUCCAGACAAGCUGCUGUACUUCAAGUAUGAAGGAGGAAAAAGAGACUCGAGUCAGCGAGGGAAGAUCCUGCUGAAGGAUUGUGUCAUCACUUGUCCUUUCUUGGAGUACGAAAACCGGCCGUUGGUGCUGAAGCUGCACUCCAAACUCGGCGUGGAUCACUUCCUGGAGGCUUGUUCCAGAGAGGAGCGGGACGCGUGGGCGGCUGACAUCAGGGCCGCCGUCGACAGGCUGCAGACAGCCGAGGAAGACGAGGCCAAGCCUUCGUCUGCCGAGACGCAGCUGCAGAACGUCGACCUCAGUAAAGUCCUGGACUCCAUGUACGACGUCCACAGCGGCAUCAGGAUGGGGAGCCACGUGGAGCAGGGCAGCACCUACAGCAACUGUUUCUCAGGCUCGGCGGUGGUGGACUGGCUGGUGUUCGUGCGGUUCGCCCUGACCCGGCUGGAGGCCGUCACCCUGGGCUCGGCUCUGGUGGAGAUGGGUCACCUGCAGCCCGUGGGGCUGAGGAGCGUGGAGGCGCUGCGCUCCGCCGGCCUCAGCCAGCAGUUCCUGGACGACUCCACCGCGCUGUACAGCUUCGCUGAAAACCUGAAGAAACGGGGCAGCGUGAAGGCGGAGAAGUCGCUGUCUGCGUUGGAGCUGAGCGGGAAGGUGGUGAAGAGAGGAUACCUGCUGAAACAGGGACACAGACGGAAGAACUGGAAGGUCCGACUCUUCGUGCUGCGUUCAGAGCCGGCGUUCCUUCACUACUUUGACCCCUGCAGGGACGACUGCAGCCCGGCGGGCGGCUUUUCGCUGCGGGGGUGUCUGGUGUCUUCUCUGGAGGAUAACGGCGUUCCCUCAGGUGUGAAAGGCAACGUUCAAGGAAACCUGUUUAAAAUCAUCACCCAGUCAGACGUUCAUUACUUCAUCCAGGCGCCGACUCAGCAGGAGAAAACGGAAUGGAUCGACGCCAUCCGACAGCAAACAUAGACUUCCUGUUGGUCUCUGUGAAAAGGAAGUUUUUCUUUUGCUGAUUUUGCUCGUUCCAUGAAGACGCUGGAGAAACAUCACAAGCUGCAGCGUCUCUGGAUCGAACCUGUUCUGUUUAGAGACUUUAAACACAAUUUGUUCCAAUCUAAACUGGAGUUCUGUGACAUCCAGGUCUCCUGGGAAAAUCCUUUUACUCACCGGAUCUUCAGGAUGAUGUUUAAUGAUUUAAUUUCUCUUUUUUUGUAUUUUCUUUUAUAUUUAAAAUUAAAAACAAUCUAUUGCUGCAUUUUUUAUCCAGCAUUUUAAAUCGUAUUUAAUGUUUCCAAUAAAAAAAUAAUAA